GAUCAUAAUUAUGAAAGUGAGGCAAAGUGAUCAAACUAAUUGAGAUAUAUGGCAGCUUCAAAGUUCCCUUCAUCUUUGUUAGUCUACUUUAUAGUUAUUGCUGUGUGUAUGCAAAUUUGCAAAGGUAAUCCAAAAAUACCUUUGCCAAAAUUACAUGUACCCUUGUUUAUCUUUGGGGAUUCCCUGUUUGAUGCUGGAAACAAUAACUACAUCAAUACCCCUUUUCAAUCAAAUUUCUGGCCUUAUGGUGAAACCUUUUUCAAUUUCCCAACUGGAAGAUUUUCAGAUGGUCGCUUGAUUCCUGAUUUCAUCGCUAAAUAUGCUAAUUUGCCAUUCAUCCAUCCAUAUCUUAAUCCUACGAACAAAAAUUACCUUCAUGGAGUGAACUUUGCAUCAGCAGGAGCAGGAGCUUUAGUUGAAACCCAGCAAGGAUUUGUAAUAGACUUGAAAACCCAGCUGAGCUAUUUCAACAAAGUAAGAAAGGUAUUUGAAGAGGUAGGUGGAGGACAUGAAGGAGGAGCCAAGGCAUUACUAUCCAGAGCUGUCUACUUAAUCAACAUUGGAAGCAAUGAUUAUCUUGCUCCUUUCCUUACAAAUUCAACCCUCUUUCAAUCCCAUUCUCCACAACAAUAUGUUGACUUGGUCAUCGGAAACUUAACCACUGUCAUCAAAGGAAUUUAUAAGAAUGGAGGAAGAAAGUUUGCAUUUUUUGGCGUUGGACCUCUAGGUUGUUUUCCCUUGGUGAAGGCAGUAAUUUUACAAGGCAAAGAUGAAUGCUUUGAUGAGAUUACAGAACUUGCGAAACUGCACAACAAACAUCUUUACAAAACUCUCCUGCGUCUUGAAAAGAAGCUUGAAGGAUUCGUAUAUACAUACGUCGAUUCUUUCACGGUUGUCAUCGAACUGUUAAAUAACCCUGCUAAAUAUGGUUUGAAGGAAGGAAAGGUAGCAUGUUGUGGAAGUGGGCCAUUCAGAGGAUAUUUUAGCUGUGGAGGAAGAAAUGGAGAAGAGUAUAAGUUGUGUAAUAACCCAAGCCAACAUUUAUUCUUUGAUGCUACCCAUUUCACUGAUAAGGCAAACCAAUUAUAUGCUGAGCUGCUGUGGAAUGGGAAUCUCCAAACCAUCAAGCCUUACAAUCUUAAAACUCUAUUUCAUGUUUAAGUGUUUGCGGGAUCCGCCAUCCCGUUGAACCUCUUCCUAAUAAUGCAAUAAUAAGUUGGGGGUUCAUUCCUUCUACUAAAGUGUGUGCGCUUGUGUACAAAACGUACUAUUGUAAUGUAUGUGCUUAACUUACCCAAAUUAUGAGUGUUAAGCUGUAUCUCUUCUUUUGAAUAUAAAAGGUUUUUUUUU